AUGACGAAGGGCCUGGAUUUUCAUCUCUCCACAGCUCCUCCCUUAAUCCCUGGAGCAAGGUCCUUCUGUGUGGCUGACCUGGAUUUUACGACAACUGCACUUACCUGGACAAAGUGUGAAGCUCCACCCACGGAGACACAAGGCGGCUCUGCGGACCCCCAGGCUUGGAAGCCUGACGUGGGGCUCAAAGACUUCAAUCCACCAUUCCUGAACCUUAGAAACGAUGAAGCUCAGAGUUCAGCCUGUAAGUUUGCAACAUCAAUUGAUGUAACUGGUGAUGCUGGUCCCAAUUUAACUGACAUCUGCACCAACAGAGGGACCCUUGGACUUUCAGAAUUUCCAAACAGAGAAUCCCAACAUUGUCAGGUGACACGAAAUUUGUUUAGUGACUGGUCUGUGUGGAAAAUAUUCCUGGCUUGUCUCUUAGCUUCUGUGAUAACAAUGGCAAUUGGAGUACUCAUAGUGUCUCUGCUGUAUAAUGGGAAAAAUAAUAAUGCCCCCAUUGUUAUACAACUUACUCAAAACCAGGGGGCAAUCUCAUUGACAACUGAAACAACCUCAACUCCUAGUUCCAAAACUACAGUUGCGACUAGCACAAUAGAUUCUACCACAACAUCCACUUCCAGUACCAUGACUACCAUCACUGAGCACACUUCAACAGAAUUUACAAGUAUACCAACCACUGAUUCCACAGAAACCACAAUUGCAACAGCUGCCACUUCAACUGAAAACACAAUCACAAAUAUAGCCAGCACUACCGCUGAGGGUACGACCAAAACAGCCACCACUGCUUCCACCACUUCUACUGAGACCACGACUACCACAGUGGCCACCACCACACCUCAACCGACUACCACAACAACGGCCGGCACUACCACUGAGGCUGCAACCACAACAGACACAACUGAUUCUCCCCCUUCUACUGAGACCACGACUACCACAGUGGCCACCACCACACCUCAACCAACUACCACAACAACGGGCAGCACUACCACUGAAGCUGAAACCACAACAGACACAACUGAUUCCCCCACUUCUACUGAGACUACAACUACCACAGUGGCCACCACCACACCUCAACCAACUACCACAACAACGGCCAGCACUACCACUGAAGCGGAAACCACAACAGACACAACUGAUUCUCCCACUUCUACUGAGACCACGACUACCACAGUGGCCAGGACCACACCUCAACCAACUACCACGACAACGGCCUUCACUACCACUGAGGCUGCAACCACAACAGACACCACUGAUUCUCCCACUUCUACUGAGACUACGACUACCACAGUGGACACCACCACACCUUAA